GCGCUGGGAUGGUAAUCAAGAAUGGCUAAAGAGAAGAGCCUGGGGAUCCGAACCUGUUUCCAAGCCUCUUGGUGAGGCCGAUGGAGGGGCAGCUUAAGGAGGAGGAGGAGGAAGAGGAGGAGGAGGAGGAGGAGGAGGAGGAGGAGGAGGAGGAAAUGGGAGGUGAAGAGGGAGCACAUGCUGAUGGAUAUGUCGUUGUGGAAGGCGAAGAGCCCUGGAAGGGACUGACAAAUGUCAUGUGCGGGUUAUUCCAGGAAUCUUCGAGGAGAUGUGGCGGAGGGGGGGGCGGGGGGGGGCGCAUAGGAGGCGCGGGAGGAGGAGCGGGAGGAGGAGCGGGAGGAGGAGCCGGAGGAGGAGGAGGCGGCGGCGGCGGCGGAGGAGGAGGAGGAGGAGGAAGUGGGAGAUGCUCGGCGAGUGAUGAAACAGAUAUAAGACGAGUGGACGACGUGGAAGGAGAAGUCUUAGGGCGGGAAUCGUCGGCGCCAUACCCAUCGCAAGGGAAGGAUGGCGAUGUGAAGAGGAGAAGGAGAGGAAGAGGAGGAAAGACAGCGAGCACGACGGGAGGAGAGAGUAGGGAAGAGGAGUGGACUCGAACGAGAAAGAGAGGAGGAAGAGGAGGAGGAGGAGUAGGAGAGGAGAAGGAGGAGGAGGAGGAAGUAGAGGAGAUGAAUCGAGGUCAACAACAGCCGCCGGUUUGCCAGUAUUUCCUCCGCGGCAAUUGUCGUUUUGGCGCGAAGUGCAGGUAUUCUCAUGCGGUCCCCGCAGAGAGGCAUCAGUCAGUGCAUGAUCGUCUCGUGUUUCCUGAUGGAGGAAGAGGAGGAGGAGGAGGAGGAGGAGGAGGAGGAGGAAGAGGAGGUGGAGGUGGUUUUGUUGGGAACAGCAAUCGCUUCUCUGCGUUGGGUUCCCCUUCCGCGACUUCGUUUGGCGGUGGCGCUUUCUCCCCCGCCGCCCCCGCUUUCGGCGGCGCAGGCGGAGGCGCAAGCGGAUCUGCGCCAUCCAUUACCUAUCGUGAUCAUCGAUGUGACAAUCUCCGCCAAUGUUGGGCACAAAUCAAGGAAGAUUUCCAACAUGAGAGGCCUCUAUAUUGGCGGUUGACCUGUUACUCCCACUGGAAGUACCUACCUAAUGACGUGGCAGGUGACGUCAGCUUCGAGGAGCUGAGGUGGGAAGCAUACAGUGGUUGGCGGCAUCAAGGCCAGUCUCUUCCGCAAGUAAUAGAGAGAGAGAAAAGAUUGAUUGCUGCCAAGGAGAGUGUUUUCCAUCAGCUGCUACACACACCAUAUCAAGGGCCAAUUGGGAUUGGCGGGGGAGUUGCGUCGUCGUCGUUCCCCGCUCAGCUGCGCCAGCAACAACUUCAGCCUCCGUCUAGAACCACCUCCUUCCCCACUCCUCCACCACCGUCUCUUUCUCCCUCCUCUCCUUUCUUGUUCGGCAAGCCUGUGGUCGCAGGGACUUAUCCCAAUGCCGCGCCAUCAGGUGGAGGCGGAGGCGGAGGGGGAGGGGGAGGGGGAGUGUUUGGCGCGAUCCCGACUACCCAUCAUCACCUUGCGCAACAGGGUUUUGCCGGGGGAGGGGGAGGCGGAGGGAGUGUCCCUCCUUGGAACACCGUGGAGUCGGGACUGGGCGCAUUCGGAAUCAAUCGGGGUCCGUUCGGGUUCCGCCCGCCGAUGGCGGUCGGGAUCGGUGGCGGCGGUGGCGGCGGCGGGGGGGCCCCAAGCGCAGCCGGUGGUUUCCCGCCAAUUGCCAAUAACACGGCAAGCGGCCCGGCUUUUGCCGGCGCUGAGGGCGGGAGUGGAUUUCUGACUUGCCCGCCGAAUUCGGCAUUUAGUAAUACUAGUAAUAAUGCUUUCCCGCCAAAUUCGGCAUUUAGCAAUAGCACUAGUGCUGCUAUUAAUAGUAGCGGCGUCAACAAUGGGAUGAGUCAGCAACCGUCUGUUGGCGGGAACGGGAUGAUAUUUACUCCCACAGUUGCAGGUUCGGCGGGGAAUAUGAAUAUUCUGAACGCAGCAGCAGCAGCAGGAGGAGGAGGAGGAGGAGGAGGAGGAGGAGGAGGGGUAGAAGGUGGGAUUGCUUCAGGAAGUGGCAAUUCUUAUCAGGGGCAAAUGGGAAAUAACAAGGAAGAUAUAUGGACGAAAGGGGGAUGGUCUAUAGGGGAAAUUCCUGAACAAGAGCCUCCCGUUUACGCUCGGUACUAAGUCCCCGUUAUUAGAGUAGUUUUUUCUUUUUCUUAUUCUUAUUCUUUUUCUUUUUCUUUUUCUUUUUCCUUUUCCUUUUCUUUUCUUUAAUAGUUACACUAGGUUUGGUUUUGUUGGAUUAGCGCUUGUUCUCCGUCUUCUUGUGUUCUUUUCCUCCUCCUCCUCCUCCUUCUUCUUCUUCUUCUUCUUCUUCUUCUUCUUCUUCUUCUUCUUCUUCUUCUUCUUCUUCGUUUUGAAGACGACUAGGACAACAACGAUGGUUGGUCUUCUUGCACUGUUGUUGGAGUUGAUGGGAGAGGGGAAGCAAGAAGCAGAUUGCUGUUCUCAGAUCGCGGUCGCUACUUUCAAGUGACGAUUCAGUCACGGUCGUAGAUGUGAUGCCGCCAUUGACGGCGUCGAUCACAUACUGUGACUUUUGCCGUUCCCCUGAUGAAAAGUUCCAUGAAAAUUUUGGUGAAAGUUCGACGAAACAGCGUGUGCCACAGCUGGGAGAGAGAGGGUUACCCUCUGUUUACGGAGUUGUCUAUAGCGAAUACAAAACACAGUAGGGGGAAAUGUAUGUGUGACCUAAAAGCGAAAAAUGUUUAAGGUUUAGGGUUUAGGGUUUUCACGCAAAGGGGGGGAAGCAUUCGGUAGGAGGAGGGAGCCUGAGUAUGGGAGAGAGAAGAGAAAUCGGGGGGAGAGAGAGAGAGACAGAGACGGAGAGAGGAGAAAGCGGGGAGAGAGAGAGAGAGAGAGAGAGAGAGAGAGAGAGAGAGAGAGAGAGGAGUGUAGAAGAGUCGUCGGUGUGCAGAUGACUCUCGAGGAAAUUAGGGUAUAUACUCUCAGGAGGACAUUUUGGGAAUGUUUCUGACCGCAAUUACGUCCAGAUUCUGUACGGAAAAUGCAACUGUAUGGCCUUAGAUUCCCCAAGGGGAUGAGAUCAGGAGUAACUAAAGGUCGGAGGGAAAGAAGAGGAUUAAAAAAGAGAUGAAGGAUAAGGUGACAUCACGUUCAAUGAGAUCAUAAUAGAUUAUGUCAUCAUCAUCUCAUUUAUCAAUAUAGGUUAAUUAGAUUGCCAGUUGAG